AUGGCGGGGCCGAGUGAUGAGCUUAACUUUAAGUCUACAACCUUCGAUCCCAAUAAAGCUCUGUCCUUUUCCGAUGUACAAGUCCCAGACCCGGAUGCCCAGGAGUAUGAAGAUCUCAACAGCUUCAGAACAGCAGUACACAGCCAUAACUUCAAUGUUGUGCGAGAUAUUCCCGGUGUAUUGGGCCCUGGAGGCAUCCCCAAGUCAGCGGCACGCCAGAUUCCUGCAGGGAGGCACUUCACACCUGACCAAGCGCCUAUAAGAGGUCGUGGUCGCAAGCGGCUUCGGAACGUUCUCACUCGCAUGGAGGAGAUGACUGGACCUCUGGCCGUCCUUCGCACUUGUCAGCAAAAGGACAUUAGGAUCAAGGUGUACACGAGGAACCAGAGUGAGGUAAGAGGGCUUCUGAGUGGCUACGUGGUGGCCUUCGACAAGCACUGGAACCUGGCACUGAGGGAUGUGGACGAGGUGUUCCAGAAGAAGCUCAAGUGCAAGGCGCCGGCCCUAGGUGACGUGACUCACUUCGUCAACGUGGGUGACCUGACCAUCCACGACUCCUCCAGCGACGAGUCCUCUGACACGUACGACUCGGACGACUCAGACGACCUCGAGACAAGGACCAAGACGCGAAAGGGAACGACCACUAGGAAGACUAAACCAGACACUGAGGACGCUGGGCCAUCUGGUGGUGGAAGUGGAAAGGUGCGAGAGUCAGGUGGAGCAGAAGGUGGUAAACGUGUUGUGUAUGGCGACAGCAGGAGCAGGCUGGGGGAGACGGAGAUAAGGGCGAGGGCUUCUGUACGUGUGACGACGGAAAACCCCUCUACCAGCGACACUCAAGACGCCCGCAGACUCCAACUAGGUCGACAAGGAGCACCACCCCCACCACCAGCCCACCCUCAGAAGCAAAAAGAAGAAGAGGGGGAGACAGAAGAAGGAGAGAUAAAGAAGAGAGUGAGGAAGAGGAUGAAGAGAGAGAUCAGAAAGCGCCACGUAAAUCAGUUGUUCAUCAGAGGCGAGAAUGUAGUGUUAAUUGCAGUAGCUGAUAAACCUCAGCCUGAUUGAAGUGCUGCACACGAUCUAUUAAAAUAAUGUCAGAUAAAAAAGAAUAUAUCGAUAUAUCUUCCCCCCAAAAAAUAAAAAAAUAAAA